CGGUGUUGCGGCGGGAACUGUGCGGGCCGGGUUGGGGCGUGCGGGAGCUCCGGGCGGCGCGGAGGAACAUCGCAGAGCAGCUUCUGUAUGAACACUGGAAACAGAACAACCCAGAACUUCGAGAGGUCGAGCUGGACCUUCACAGGAAGCAUGUGGUAGACUCGUGGGAGGCGCAGAGAGAAGAAAAAAAGCAGCAAGAGGCCACCGCGGAGCAGGAGAGCAGACGGCAGGAAAACGAGUACGAGGUGGCGCGGAGGGAGGCGCUGGAGCGGCUGAGAGCGGAGCAGGAGAGGCGGCAGCGGGAGGACAGGCUGCAGGCCGAGGCGCUGCUGCAGCAGAUGGAGGAGCUGAGGCUGCGGGAGGCGGAGGCGAGCGAGCUGAAGAAGGAGCAGGAGGACCUGCUGAGGCAGCGCUGGCAGCUGGAGCAGCUGGAGGAGGAGCGGGCGCGCGUGGCGGCCGUGCGCCAGAAGGCCGAGCUGGGGCGCUUUCUGCGGCAUCAGUACAACGCCCAGCUCAGCAGGCGCACCCAGCAGAUCCAAGAGGAACUGGAGGCCGACAAGCGGAUCCUGCAGGCGCUGCUGGAGGAGGAGGAGGAGGACGAGCGCGCCCGCCUGGCCAGGCGCCAGCAGGCCGUGGCCGACGCGGCUUGGAUGCAGCAGGCCAUCGAGGAGCAGCUGCAGCUGGAGAGGGCGCGGGAGGCAGAGCUGCAGCUGCUGCUGAGGGAGGAGGCCAAGGAGAUGUGGGAAAAGAGAGAGGCCGAGUGGGCCCGAGAGCGGAGUGCACGCGACAGGCUCAUGAGCGAGGUCCUGGCGGGAAGACAACAGCAAAUACAAGAAAAGAUUGAACGAAACCGACGGGCGCAAGAGGAAUCCUUAAAGCACAGGGAGCAGCUCAUUCGCAGUCUGGAGGAGGCGAGGGAGUCGGCUCGCCGGGAGCAGGGGCAGAGUGAAGAACAGAAGUCGGCCAGGAAGCAGGAGCUGGAAGCCCAGGUGGCAGAGCGCCAGCUGCAGGCACGGGAGGCUGACCAGCAGGAGGAGGAGGAGCAAGAGGAGGCCAGGCAGGCAGAGCAGCUGUCGGACGCCUUGCUGCGGCAAGAGGCGAAGAUGAUGGCCGAGCGUGGCUACCGGCCCAAGCCUCGCGGACACCCCAGAAUUGCCUGGGACUGACGCGGCUGGUGCCAGACGCCCGGAGAGCAACGGUGCUGGAGCCUCGACGCAGAGCCGCCCAGCAGCUGCACCAGGUUCUGUGGGGGCCGGGGCACCGGGGCCCAGGCACGGAGCUGUGGGGACGUGCAGCUCCCAGCCAGAGACCCUUCCCUGCUCUUACUCAAGGGGUCCUGAGCGGGACGUGCCGACAGUGCUGUCGACAUCCUCGUGGCGCGCUCGUGAACGGUGUCGACAUCCUCGUGGCGCGCUCGUGAACGGUGUCGGCUGGCCGGCACGCGGCGCUGCGAGUUGUGCUCUCCCGCCGCCCGCGCUCAGCGACUCCAGCCUCGUCGCUGUGUCUGUUGGAAGCGGUCUUGCAGCGUUUGGUACAGCUGAUUUCAGCGGUCCCCAAAGGAUCCAGCCUUUUGUAUUCUGGGAGAAAAAACUGCUGUGGUCUAGGGGUGCUUUGUGGAACGGCGUGAGAAAUGAGGCCUUCCUGUAGGAGGGAGCUUUGGAGGGCUGCGUGGGGGCGGCCGGCCCGUGGGGAUGACCCUCACAGCCCCCCGUGCCCGGGAAGGUCUUGGCCACAAGCAGCCUCCAGGGACCGCGCGCCCAGCGGGAGGAACGCUGAACCUGAAGAAACGAGAUCAGACUCAGAGCCACAAAUUGGCCAGAACUUUCUCCCGCCGUUGUGUCCGUGAGACCGUUCUGGAUCAGCCUCUACCAGCAGCUUCAGGUUCCUUGCUUCAAUCAUCGUAUUUCUAUGACCUGUAUUUUUUACAUUUCUUUUUCCUACUCGGGAGUUUUCAGUACAUUCCACUUCUCAGUCAAUCACAGCUAAUUAGGGGGCGGCGCUCCAUGGUUAUCAGAAAGCAGCGUUUCUUAGAACCCCGAGUGCAAGGGCUGCGUCAGUUCCCUGCCACUGCACCCCGGAACGAAGCUGCAAACCGCCCUGAAUCUGCUCUGCAUUUUCUUGAGUCUCUCUGAAGACACAUGCCUGAGGGCCUCGCUCCCGGGCUGGGCCUGUUGCAGUCACUGCUGUGGGGUGGGCUGGCGGGGACUGAUGGCCCCUGACUGACCCGCGUCCCCUGCGGCUCUGCACGCUGUCUAGCACUGGUCAUGUUUCGCAGGCUGGACUCGGCUUCCUUGUGAGAGCGGUGCUGUCGCCUCCACUUCCGUUAGAAGUUACUAGCAGUCAUGUUGUCUGAGCACCAGUGCGCCUGGUCACAGACACGCGCAUAUUUACUGAAUACGUUUUUUAUUUUAAUUUUUUGCUUUUGAAGCGUGGAGAUAAUUUUUCUUGCUUGCAUUAAAAUUGUUUUCUACCCUAAUAUUUAAA